AACAAUGUAACCACAUUAGAUUUUAUCGGUUUAGUAGAGAGAUACGGUUAUUCCGCCGAAGAGCAUUAUGUCACAACGGAAGAUGGUUAUAACUUGGUAAUACAUAGGAUAUCAGAAAGUCCUUUAUUUAAGGAUCAAUACAGAAGAAAUAUUGUUUUCCUCCAACAUGGUUUCUUGGCCACGUCUGAUACAUGGGUGUUGAUUGGCCCUGACAGAGAUCUUGCUUUUUUAUUAGCUGAUCAAGGAUACGAUGUAUGGAUUGGAAACUUUAGAGGAAAUUCUUACUGCAGAUCACAUAUAAAAAUGUCUCCACGUGAUAAGGACUUUUGGCAAUUUAGUUAUGUACUUAAUUACACAAAACAAGAGACUUUACAUUACAUCGGUCUCUCAAUGGGAAAUACUGUGUUAUUCACUUUACUAUCCACGAAACCUGAAUACAAUAUAAAAAUAAAAUUGGGUAUCUGCCUUGCUCCAGUCGCCAUUUGGAAAAAAAUACCGUCUCUAAUUCAAUAUAUUCAUAAUGUGCCAAAUAUUAAAAAAUAUCUUGAUUUCAAUGAAAUAUAUGAAGUAGCUUCCUUAUCAUCGACAACCAUUACACUUGGAAGAACACUGUGUACAGAUGAAACAGUUAUUACUCAGUCUAUCUGCGCUGCGAUAUUAUAUCUGAUCUACGGAUUCGAUCCAAACCAACUUAACGCUACAGUAUUACCGGAAAUAUUUUCGAAUUUUCCGAGUGGCGCUUCCGUACAAUUACUGCAUCAUUAUUAUCAAAAUAUGAUUACACAGAAAUUUCAAGCCUAUGAUUAUGGAUAUAUCGGCAAUUACAAAAAAUAUGGACAGAUGACACCUAUAACGUAUGAUCUUAAAAAAGUUACCGCUCCCUUGGCUUUAUUUUACGGCGCUAAUGAUUUGCUUGCUGCAAAAUCGAAUGUCCUCGAGACAUAUAAGCACUUGCCGAAUGUUAUCCUGCUGGAGGAAAAUCCGUACGAAUUAUUUACCCACUUAGAUUUUUUAUGGGCUAUCGAUGUUAAAACUCUAAUGUACGAUCGCUUAAUAGACCUACUUCAGAAGUUUGAGACAUGGGCAAUCAUUGAUAAAUUAAUCUGUGUCUAAUACUUUCUUGUUAAAAACGUUUAUGUACUUUGAGUUUAUAUAAAAAAAUAUCCAUCUC